AUGUGGAGAAUGUCGACGGCGAAAACAAAGAUGCAACCAGGCACAGCCCUGUGGCAAUUGUGCGAGAAGAUAUCCGCCACCUACAACAGGCACAUUGACGGACCCGGGCCGUCGAGCCGGCCCAUGUCAUCGAGCCCUGGCCUGCUCCCCCUGCCAUUCACUGGAGAUGAGCAUGUUUCUCUUGACGGCGUCGAUCAACCUCUGUUACCGCCGAGAGAAGUCUUCUCGCCCCAACAGGUGGCCUGGUCUCCUCUUGUCCAGAGCCCGACUUACUGGUCAAGCGUGAGUUUUGACACACAAUAUCAGCUUCAAUCCCCAACAGCCUCAGUAGACAACAGGCAAAGUCUCUGGCCACCUGUAUCUCAAGAAGUCGUGAGCCCCCUCGCGGCGCCCGCGUGUAAUCUCGACUGUGAAAUCCACACCGAGGCCUUUCAUGAUGCUAUCACGUUGUUGAACAUGAGAAAUGAGUUACCAGCGCAAUUUAUCCAAGGGUGGCAGCCCUCUAUGACAGAUGAGAUAUUGCUGUGGUUCAUUCAGCAAGAGCAUGUGCCACCCUCACCGUCGCUCAUCAGCGCAGAUGGUCGGGUAUAUCAGCCGGCACCACCCACAAGACAGGAUGCCGAAAUGCUGCGCGUCUUCGUCAACCUCAUCUCUCGCUUCAAAGCGUCUCUUGACGGCGAGCCCGAUCCCGCUGCCAACCCGUAUAUGAAGCAAUAUAUCCCCUUUUGCCUACACAACCCAAUGCUCACUCAAAUAGCCAUUUAUACGGCCGCCUGUUUUCUCAAUGACACCUGCCCCAGCAUAGUCGACAACACCACUGCAAUGACGCGGAAGGGCGACGCCAUCUGCAUGCUAGAGACACACCUCCGCACCACGGGGUCGACAACGGACGAGGCGAUCGCGGGAGUCCUGCAGCUGAUUUUGAACGAAUGGUACUGGGGCGGCAGGAAGGAGCUCGAGGCCCACCUGGGGGGAUUGAGGGAAAUGGUGAAGUCCAGGGGCGGACUUUCUAACUUGGGGCUCGGAGGCCUGUUGGCGAAGUUGAUCAUCAUGACUGACAUCACUAUCGCGUUGUCUCUCGAGGUGGAGCCAUAUCUGCAAGGGGAUCUCCCUUUCGAAUCUCAGGACUACGCACACGUGCCAUUCCGUGUCUUCCUCAACACGCCGCUCGUAUCGCCUCUCGUACCCUUCAAGACGUGCGCGGAGCCGCUGAAGCUGCACGAGGCCACGGCUCGGAUCCUGGAUGAUAUGAGGUUCCUCAUCGGGCUCGUCUUGAACCUGCCGGUAGAUUGCUCCCAGAAGGACCUGCAAAAGCUACAGAGCACAUCGACGUGGAUACAUGACAGGAUCUCAGGUCUCCCGGAAGAAGCCGCUCAAAGGUCCCAACAUCGAGGAUCUGGGGACUCACUGCAAAAUGAGAGCACUACAGUUGCAUAUGGAUCACGACCGUCUGCCCGCCACGGGUCAUCGGCAGCAAGUCCACGACUAUUGCCGGAACAGCAAGGCCCGGGAUUCUUCUACACACAGGAGCAACAAUCCCCUAUGAGCCAGAGGUUCAUGUUUCCUGGCGUCUUGCCAGAUCACACAGCCCGCAUCCCCGGGCCAUUACUACCAGAACUAAAGGACAUGGCAACACCCACCGCCUCAGACGUGAUAUACCAGGCGGUCCGCCAAGCAGCGCUGAUCUACUCACGGGCAAUCAUGCUGCGGAAGCCCCUCCGAGACCAGAGAGUGUGUAGCGGUGAGGACUUCCUGCGGCUGUGGACGACGGUCUGGCGGGUGCCAUUGCGCGCUUGGAAGGCGCUGCUUGGGGUGUUUGUGUGGGUCGUGCUGUGCGUCACGCCAGCGUCGCGCGGCACGCCCCACGAGCGGUUUGUCAAGAACUGCCUGGAGGUCGGCCUGGUGCAGAUGGGGCUGGAGAGCUGGGAGGUGGCGGAGAAGGGGAUGGAGGGCGCGCUGAAACUGAUGCGGUGGCUGGCUUGUAGAGAUGGGGGGACGGACGGCGUUGGAGAUCGGCCUGUCGGACAGGGGAGUUGA